GGACGAGCAAGAGUACACACAUCUGGAAAUAAUUGAACAGAGAGAGAGCAAGAAAGGGACACAGGAAGACGCAGUUCUGUUAACAAAAAGGAACAAAAUGAAGGAUCAAACCUUUCGGUUGGAAAAUUACGUAAAUUCAAUAUAAAGUUUAAAAUUGGAAAAGAAGACAACUGGGAUGGACAUAAGAACAGAGGAAAGGGAAAACUCAACUGGUUCAGGGACCGAUCUAAAGGCUAUCUGAAAAAGACAACAAAGUAAAGUUUGAAGCCGAGGAGUCACAAGUGUGAUUGAGAUUGAGAUUGAGACUCAUCUUCAGGAUGUCAUUGUCUCCAAGGUGUCUGUGCUGUGUGAAAUAUUUGAUGUUUGUUUUCAACCUGAUCUUCUGGCUAGGAGGAUGCGGAUUGUUUGGAGUUGGAGUCUGGCUGUCCUUCACGCAGGCAGAGUUUUCUUCUCUUCCCCUGUCCUUUCCAUCCCUCUCAGCUGCCAAUCUGCUGCUAGUUGCUGGUGGCAUUACCAUGGUGACCGGCUUCCUGGGUUGUCUUGGAGCACUGAAGGAGCAACGCUGCCUGUUGUUUUUGUUCUUUGUGAUCCUUCUACUCCUGGUUCUGACAGAGGUGACUCUAAUGUUGGUUAUACACAUGUUCCGUGACAAGCUGGAUUCCAAAGCACAAGGUGAAUUAAAGGAAGGUAUGAAGAUUUAUAAAUCAGAACCAGGACUGAAAAAAUCCUGGGAUAGUGUCCAGAAAAUGUUCAAAUGCUGUGGAGUAACUAACAAAACAGACUGGUAUGAUGUGCUGAAUGGAACGCUGCCGUCAUCCUGCUGCUCUGUUGGAACAAACCAGUGUGAUGAAGGAUGGAGUGAGCCAUGUUAUCAAAAGGCCAGGCAGUGGCUUCUAGACAACAUCCCCUCAGUCCUGGUGUUUGGAGUGUGUAUUGGUGUUGUGCAGAUCUUGGCCCUGGUAUUCUCCAUGCUGAUGUACUGUCAAAUUCUGUGCGCUGAGAAGCACUUGGACUGACUACUGACCAGCUCUUCGGUGACGUGUAAUGGAAAGAUUUACCACAAACUCCUCUUGAAUUUCAGCAUACCCCCAAUCCAGACCAUAGCACCAAAAUGCUACUUUGACUUUCAGACCUGAAAAUGGUGACUCUGAGACCUUUGAGGCUAGAGACAUUGGCUGACAAAUUCCUCACUCUCUAAUUAAAAUGAUCAGUGGGUGCAAGACACACUGGUAAUAUGGACAAAGCCAGCAGUAACAACAUAAAUGUAAUAUCAUUGAACAUCAUAGAUUAAUACUGUAUCAUAUCAGAUCAGUAAGGUUUAAUAAUAAGGAUUAAACCACUACAAUCCAGCAGCCUCGAUAUUAAACAAGUUAAACUUCCAUUGUUGCAACAGUAUCAUCUCAAAAUCCAAGAAAAAAGGCAUAUAUAUGUAUGUAUACUUAUUUUACAGUACAGGGAUUUGAUUCUCAGGACCCAAAGAAAAAUUUACUUUACUUGAUCAUUCAUAAUUUCAUUAUUUGGAUUUCAUUAUCCAUCCAGAAUGUCAAAGGAGAAGAGAGUCGUUACUCCUUAACUUUCUAACCUGCUGGCUCAGUUUGUCUGGCAAGUACUAUAGUCGCAAGAAAUGCCUUUGAAAAGUAAAAAAGAAGAAAUGUUAAAAAAAAAAAAACUUAUUUACAUUUGUUAAUUUUUAGUCCUGUAUACUACUCCUGUGAAACACAAGCACUUGGAACAUUACAGCUUCAUAGGGCCAUUAUUUAAAUAUAUCUAAUCUGAAAUACUUAACAAUACUCUGAUUUAAAAAUAUUGUGACCAUGGUAUUUCUCUGUCUUUCUUUAUCAUCCCUAACUGCCACACAAGUUUAUCCAAUUUUAUCUUUUUUAGUGGAACAUAUACUGCAGCAUAUGUGUAUGAUUUCAUUUGAUGGUGGUACUGUUCCAGUAUGUCCUAUACUCAUUACUGGGGCACAAACCAAUCUAAUAAAGUAAAUCUAAUAAAAAGGUCUCUUACCAACUAAAA